UGUACAUGUGCUAAGGCCUAUAAAACAGGUUCUGUGUGUGUUCACAAGUCAACCUACAUUAUAGUAGUCUUGCUAGGCCUGGUCAACUGAUCGUGAAGCAAAGCUUCUGGCUCUCCACGAAAGACGUUUGGAAGACUUAGUGGACUUGGAGUGUGGAUGUUUCGCAGAGAAGAAUAGUUGGCGUUGUUUUCCGCUGUACCAGAGCUGCUAAAUGAUGGAGCCGGGAGUCGUACAUUCGGGGGAUACCAAUCCAGCGCCCUCCGAUGGAGGCAUGGUCGAUACGGCUUAUAUUGUCCACCCCGUCGGUAUCUUGAAAAUGGUGGAGUUGCUCCUUGGCUUGAUAGCGUUUGCGUGUGCUGCCACGCCCAUCCAAGGUGGAGCAGUGAGCUUCUUCCUGUUCGCAAGCAUUACGGCUUGGCUCUGUACACUAAUCCUUUUCCUGCUGGUGCUCUUCAGAGUUCCUGCUAAGGCUGGCACUUUCCCAUGGGCACUAAUGGAAUUCAUCUAUGGCAUCUUUGUCGUGUUUUUCUAUUUUCUGGCAUCAUGUAUCCUGGCGGGCCUUGCUCAUAACUGGAGCGUCUUUGGAGUCUCGGGGCGGCUAAUAGCGGCGGUGGUCUUCGGAUUUUUCUGCGUUAUCUGCUACGCGAUCGGGAUCUACUUCAGCUUCCUUGAAUGGCGUACAAAUUCACCAAGUCCAACUACAGUCGUCACAUAAACAUUGCCAGAAGAGCUCAGACUCCAGGACCAAUGCACAUGAAUGAACACUAUCGAGGAAAGACAGCAAGGAACAUUGUGAUUUGGGCCUGGUUCCCCAACAUUUCUUGAAAAUGCAAGAUCACGGUAUCCAAUCGAAGACAAUUUUAUUCUUACGCGAUUUUGCUCAUGCAUAACUGAUCGUGGUGAUUACUUUUGCAGUUGUUUAGGCAGGCAGCAGGGGUAACAGCGUAUUAUGUCAUCACCCGCCACCCCUUCCAUUUGCCAGAUUAACUGCAAAUACGACAACCAAACUUAGUUAUGCAUGAGCGAUAUCGCGUAGGAAUAAAGUAAUCAAAAGUGCCGUAUGUUUUUUAAGAAUGCACUGAGCUAAUCGUUUGCAUGAACGGACGUUUAAAAUACCAAAAUGCAGAGAAAAUAUGUUGAGACAUAAAGAGUGUUGGAUACUGUCUUGUCUUUAACAAGCAAAAUGGCAUUUAUUGAAUCCAUUUUUGCUCUGGCUACACACUCCCGAAACAAUUUUCAGUUGUUACUCUUUCGUAUGCUUUAUAAGCUGAUAGUUAGUUCGCCUAAAGUGAUUGUAGUGAUAGUGCCAUAAACUCUCGCGGAUGGGACAGUUAUUUGCCUCCUUUGUGGCAGAGAUUUCAGUUGUUCCUCCAAAAUCCGGGGUCUCCCUGAUCUGAGGAGCUCUUGUAUACAAUAGAUUGCAAUGUUAAGAGAAUAUUUUUUGCUUUUUAUUAGUAUAUUAGAAUGGAAUACAUAUUUUCAGUGUAUUACUUUUAGUCCGCCAUCAUAAUAUAUUCAGACGCCUAUUGUAUUUGAUUAUCAUUUCAGUGUACUGGUUUAUGCAAUAUCAUCAUCGUUAUCAUCAUCAUCAAACUGAGUGACCGAGUCCAACAUGCCACUUGGCUUCGUUUUAUAGUGUUUUUCAGACAGAUCUUGCCAAAGGUACUUGGUUGACCUCUUGUCACAUAUUAGCAUGAUCACAAAUAGUAAUCUGACACAGACCGGGGCAGCUGGUGUCAUAGUUGACCGGUGUAACAUCUGUGGUUGUUUCCCAUGUGUCAGUGUUUCCAAACAAUAGGCAGCUAGAGAGACCAUGACUUUUCAAUAGGGGGAAACACAGAAAAACUUGUCAAUCUAUCUUUUAGCGUUCCCAAACAAUGAGGGGAAACACUCAAAAAUAGAAACACUCAAAAACAUUACACCGGGGCAGCUGGUGUCAUAGUUGACCGGCUUAAAUUGACACUGUGAAAGACCAUUGGUUAGGCCUACCCUAAGGGUAAUCUAGUGUUGUACAGCACCACUGUCGUUUGGUAGAUGUGAUAUGGUCACAUUCCUGAGUUUAACUGAGUACCUUUGGCCAGAACGACAAUAUACACGACACACAAAGUUAACCAUCUAUUGAAAGAUUAUGGAAAUAAGAUACCAUUCCAUAUGAAAUCAUAUACGUGUUUUGCAUAUUACAUACAUUUUGAAAUAUCUCAAUAAAGAUGUUUUUCUA